UUGGCUGGUUUUGGGAGCAGUCAGAGGGUUCUCUGGGAACUGCGGGAGGUAGUUCGGCUGAGGUGCUAAGGGGAAAAUGAAGCUCCCCGGAGACUAAAUUGUGCGAACCGAGAGAAGUGCUAGCGCCUUGCAUGUACGGAGCAACGUACUGAACAAGGACAGAGAUUGGAGGUUUCUCAAAAACAAGAAUCGGAGCUAAGAUGAGUAAAGACCCCCCAAGUCGUCCAGGAAUCACAUUUGAGAUAGGUGCACGCUUAGAAGCUCAAGACUACUUGCAAAAAUGGUACACAUCCAAAAUAGAGAAAAUAGAUUAUGAGGAGGGGAAAAUGUUGAUCCAUUUUGAACGAUGGAGUAGCCGAUAUGACGAGUGGAUACAUUGGGACAGUAACCGUAUCCGCCCUCUUGAGCAGCCUGCUUUGAGGAAAGAAGGUCUGAAGGAUGAUGAAGAGAUCUUUCAGGACUUCAGGGAAGGAGAUGAAGUGCUGGCUCGUUGGACUGAUUGUCGAUAUUACCCUGCUAAGAUAGAAACCAUAAAUAAGGAGGGGACCUAUACUGUACAAUUCUAUGAUGGCGUCAUCCGGUGCCUGAAAAAGAUGCACAUUAAAUACAUGCCUGAAGAUGCAAAAGGACAGGAUUGGAUAGCUCUGGUUAAAGCAGCAGCAGCUGCAGCAAAACAUAAACCAGGGAGCAAACCUAGGACCAGUGCAAACAGCAAUAAAGAAAAGGAGGAGAGAAAGAGUUUAAAAGGAUCAUCAAAGAAGGAAGAACUGUUGACCUGUAAACCUAUUGACAUCUUUAAGAAAGAGGAGGAAGAGCCCACGUCCAGCAAAACCUUAGAAAAUGCAAUAGAAGAGGUUCCAAAGAUGUCAUUACAGCAGCGAGAUGAUGAGCUUUUACUAAAGAGGAAAAUAACUCAGGCUAGUUCGUUUCAAGCAAAGAGGGCUCGUCUUAACAAAAUCACAGGAUUAUUGGCAUCCAAAGCUGUUGUCUUGGAGGAUGCAGGAAAGAAGGAGCAUGUACCUGAAAAGACAUUGAGGCUGGAGGAGGCCAUUUCUUCUAAACCUCAGAGUCAGAAACCAAAUGAAGCUGAUAUUAGCUGUUCUGGCAUCACCAUGAAAUCUUCACGGUUACCACCUGUAUUGUCUUCAGGGAAGGCUCGCAGCAGGAAAGACAAAAGUGAUCCUGGGGACAUACCAGGGUGUAAAAAGUCCCCAAUUUCUCAUAUUGCUCCAGAGUUUAAGCAAGGUACGAUACACUCUGCACAACCAAUGAAUCUUUGUAGGUCUUCUGCACGUAACAAUAGAAGACGAAGAUCUCACCGUGUAGCCCCUUCUAUACCGCUUGAUUUCACAUCUGCUUCCUUGUGUGAUGGAAAAGGAUUGCAGAAGUAUCAAAUGCAGCAAGAACUUUCAAUAGCAAUGGUAACCGAUGUUGCCUAUAUGCCUCCCGAGAAGCUUGAACACUGUGUUCCUCUUGAUCUGAGUCGUAGUGCGGAGGUUUCAACACCUUUAGUCAUUGAAACAAAUUUCCACAUUGACUGUCCCAGUAAAGAAAAAGAAAACAUACAAACGAUAACCUUUUCUACUAAAGCUGUAGCUGAAGGCAAAAUAGCUUCAACUUCAUCAGUUCCAUUGAGCAAGGUCCAGGCCGUAAAUUCUGAAAUUGCUUUGCCCAACAGUUUGAAGACUGCCAAGGGGAGUAAAAAGAAGAAAUCACCUGGUUCUGUAAAUUCCGAAAUAUCAGAUACUUUUUUAACUUCUACAGGAAUAGAGAAGGUUUCUGAUAAUUUGCAGGAAAAGGUGUUAAAGAAAGUGAUUGAGAAGGACAAGCAUUCAGAAGUUGGAAUUGAACAUUUAGAAAAAAAAGUUAAGACAGAAGAGAAAGCGACAUCAAUUGGUAAAAAGAAGGAUAAAGAGAGAAGAGAAAAGAAGGAUAAAGAUCACUCAAAAUCCAAGCAAAAAAAGAAGAAAAAGAAAAAGAAAAAAUCCAAACAACAUGAAUAUUCAGAUUAUGAAGAUAGUUCUGUGGACUAUUUAGAACGAUGCACUUCUCCGGUGACACGCUCAUCGUCCUGCACUUUAGUUCCAAGAAACCUCUCAAAUACCUCAUUUCAGUACCCUCGUGCAAUACUCUCUGUUGACCUGACUGGGGAAAAUCUUUCUGAUAUGGAGAUCCUCGAUGACUCUUCCACUGAAAGUUUGAUUUUUAGCGGUGAUGAGUAUAAUCAAGACUUUGAUUCAACUAAUUUUGAGGAGUCACAGGAUGAAGAGGUAGCUAUAAACGAGGUAGUCCGUUGUGUGUGUGAAAUGGAUGAAGAAAACGGCUUCAUGAUUCAGUGUGAAGAAUGCCUGUGCUGGCAGCAUAGUGUUUGUAUGGGCCUAUUGGAAGAUAGCAUUCCUGAGCAAUACACCUGCUAUGUUUGCAGUGACCCACCAGGUCAGAGAUGGAAUGCAAAGUGCCAUUAUGAUAAGGAUUGGUUUAAUAAUGGGCGAAUGUGUGGCCUGUCCUUUAUCAAUGAAAACUACUCCUAUUUAAAUGCCAAAAAAAUUGUAUCCACUCAUCGUCUAUUAGCUGAUGUAUAUGGAGUGACAAAGGUAUUGCAUGGUCUGCAGUUGAAGUUCGGUAUAUUAAAGAAGAGGAAUCAUCCUGAUCUUCGAUCGUGGGCUUGUUCUGGUGCACACAGGGAACAAAAUCAAAUUAAUGACAAGAGGACACUUUCGUCACAUGUGGCUAUGGCACCUGAAAGAAAGACUUUGGGUCAAAACCACAAGGGACCACCCAGCACGCUAUAUAAAAAGGAAGAGACUUAUAUAACAAGUGAGCACAGUUACCAAAAACCUCAGAGUUCUGAGCACAGUUUCAAAUCAUUGUAUGAACCAGCACUAGCAAAUGAGGAUUGUUUUCAGACAAAACGUUCUGAAUCUCACAUGAACACUAAAAAAUGUUUACAGGACUCCACAAAGAUAGAAAAAAGAAAUGAACAGACUGUAUCAGAAGAAACAGUACGAUUAUUUGCCGGCAAAAAAGCAAUAGAAGAGCAGGUGGAGUCUCAUCUUCAAUGGCAGCUAAAUCUUUUGACCCAUAUAGAAAAUAUCCAGAAUGAAAUCACCAGCAGAAUGGACCUCAUAGAAAAGGAAGUUGAUGUUCUAGAAAGCUGGUUGGAUUUCACUGGAGAGCUGGAACCCCCGGAUCCGCUUGCAAGGUUGCCUCAAUUAAAGCGACGUAUCAAACAGCUUUUAAAGGACAUGAGCAAAGUGCAACAGAUAGCUACUUUGUGCUCUGUAUGACAAAAGAGAAGACUGUCUGGCAUUGCUGAACUAUUUUGUUACUUAGAACACAAAAAAAAGUUUGUACAGGUUUUAUGACUAUAUAAAUAUAUAAAUAUAUAUAUUAUUAGUAUUGAUCCUUUACAAGGAUUAUUAAUCCUUUUUAACGAGUCGUGUGAAAAAACAGUCAAUAUUCACAUGAAGCUGUUAAAGAAAGUGGCAAAAAGAGAUGUUUAUACUCUUUAUCUGCCAUGUAAGUGGCUGGAAAUUGCUCUAUGGAACAGGACACAGAUGAUAUUUGGAUCACAGUUUCACAACAAAUCUAGUGGAUGUUGACUUUGACCCGUUUUUUUUUCUUCUAGAAAACACCAGCUUCUCUUUGUUAAAAAAAGUCUUAUGUUAAUCUAAGUAAAAGGGCAAUUAAAGUUAAAUUUAACAUUGAUUCAGAUAGAGUAUGCAAUUUUAAAUAGCUUCCCAAUUUAUGUCCAAUAUCACAUUUAUUUUUCAUUCUUUUGGAAUCCUUUGCUGAAGAGCACAUCUAGAUAUUCACAGAAAUUAUAGAGUACUACAUAGCAGCAGUGAUUGAUGAGUUAUACAUUGUUGCAAACACGGCAGACAUAUAAAAAUGUUGAGCAGUGUUAAAAACAAUGUUGCACACACUGUUGCCAUAUUAGUGCUGAAGCCAAGUAUUGUAAUGUAAUAUAAAAUUUCCUUUAAAAUUACAUGCUCUGUAUGAUGAACGUUUAAUUGUGACGUUCUUGUCCCUUUAAGGUAGCAUUGCAGGGACAUGCCUUUGAUGUAUCUUCACUGUCAACAUUGUAGCUAUUUUUUUAAAUAAGUGAACUGUACACUUUGUAACAGGAAAGGAAACAGUGGGAAUGAAAUACUAAUACCUUUAGUAACUCUCAUUCACCAUGCAAUAUAGUCUGUUUUUAUACAGUUAUUGAUGAUCAGUGAUCGACAGAUAAUAUUUAUUUAUUGUGGACAGGCUAUUUAAAUUAACCAAUAACUGCUACUAAUUUAAUGUAGUUAAAACUGCAAUGCUGCUUUAAAUAUACAGUAAAGUCAAAAGAGAACUGUCAUGAUUCGGAUACAGCAUGACAUUUUUAAAUAACUAUGCAAUUCACUUCUGUUAUGAAAUGUGCUUUGUUGCCUUGGUAUCCUUUGUUGAAGAGUAAUUCUAGGUAGGCAGAUAGGAGCUCAGGAGAGUGCAUAUGCUUUUAGCAUUAUAUGGCAGCAGUAUUUUGCAAUAUUGUAGCAGUGUUAUACUUUGUUGCAAAUACUGCUGCCAUAGAGUGCCAAAGACGAGCACUCUCCUGAGAUUCUAUGACCUUGUCUAGAUUUACACUUCAAAAAGGAUACCAAGAGAACAAUGGAAAUUUGAGAAGAGAAGAAAAUUGGAGAGCUGUUAAAAAUGACAUGCUCUAUCUAAACCUUAAACAUUUAAUUUUGACUUUACUGUCCCUUUAAGGAAAACAUCACAAUGUGUUGUUAUGCAUAUAUGUUUUAAUAGGUUUAGCUGGCAUGCGUUAAAGGGACAUUAAUCUCAAAAAUUACUUUUCUUGUUUUACAAUUUUGUUUCUGCAAUUUGCGAUCUGAAAAUUAGAUAUGAGCCUUGGGCAGCUUCAUUAGCUGCUGAAUGCAGAAGAAAAUGGACACUUGCAGCCUUUUGACAUUUUCAGAGCCAGAUUCCUUCUUGUGAAAGGGCAACACACUAUGAUUUGUGCAAAACCAGAUUUUAGUGUGUUGCAUUUUCACAAGUAAAAGUCUGCCUCCGAAAAUAGGGAAGGGCGCAAGCCACCUUUAUCUUGACUGCAAAAUAAUGCAAAAUUUGAUAACAAAUUGACAUUUUUAAAUGCUUUUAAACAUUUAUUUUGUAUGCAUGUAUUUUUCAGUGUUGAGCUUAAUAAUAUAUAGCAAUGACUUUAAUGCCCCCCAAAUGUGCCAAAAUUGACUACUAUGGGAAACUGGAUCAUCCAUAUAUUUGGUGCUGGCAGUUCAUCCAAAUUACAGGCGUAUCUAAAAAAAAUACUGAAUUUUUAACCUUAGUUUUGCAGUGUUUAAAUAGAUCUGUAUAUAUAUAUUUUUAUUAUUUUUGCCCAUAGUAAUUCAACUUUGAUAAACUUUCUUUUCACAUGCACACUUGACAUCCUCAGCAGGCAUGAGGAAUUGAAAACGAACAGAAAGACUGUUCAUUGCUGGUAAUAAAAGAACCACUAUAGUAAUCAUAAGACUGUAAAUCCUUAUUUUUGUUGUUUUUUGUUUGUUUGUUUGUUUGUGCUAAUCUGUAUUUUAUUCAUUUUGUUCUGUAAUGGACCCUAGUCAGAAAACCAAAGUCAAAGCAAAGAAUGACAACGGAAGGGACAAUCACUCAGCUACAAACAGAAAAUGAAAAGUGAUGUAGUUUAUAGUGGAAGAAAUUAUAACAAUUAUAAAUGUUCUUUUUUUUUUGUCUCUGCCACACUUGCGAUGUGUCUAUAUAGCGGAAAGAGAAAUCUAGAAAUUGUAGUGAAGUGGCGUAUAAUGGUAGGUGUGCAUAACAAACUCUGCUUCUUUACCACUGAUAGGAGUUUUAAACUUAUGGAUGUUUGUGUUGUUUCCUAUAGAUUUAUCUAACUGAAUUUUAGGAACAGACUAACGCUUUCAUAAGAAAACAAGACUUAACUUUAAGAAACAUUCUGAUGCAAAAAUAACGUGUCCUUAUCCAGAGCCUCAACCAUUACUCCUGGCGAUUGGUGGGUCAUGAAACUAUGCAUCUUAUUGGCUCACCAGUCAUGUUCUCCUAAGAAGAUUGCUUGCUUGUGGCUCCAGAGCGGUAUUUUACUUUUGCUGGAGCUAAACAUAUAGGAUCAGUAAUGCGUAAAUUACAUGUUCUAUUGAAACAGAUCAUGGAUUUAUAUAUAUUUUUUAAUUCAAUGUUUACUUUUGCCAAGGAUUAUAGAAAAGAGAUUUCAUAUGUGGGAUUUUGGUCUAAUAAGAAAUAUCUGAGUGAAUUUUACUGCUAGGGAGGAGGCUUUGCCAGUGACAAUUAUUUUUAUAGUUUUACAUUAACUUCAUUUCACUAUAAUUUCUAUAUUUCUCUUUAUUUCAGAGUGCAAAUUAAAUCAGAAUACUCAUUGCUAUAGUUUUCCCUUGUAUGUAUUAUUUAGUCUCCCAACAACAGAACUGUACAGCCAUCCAAGUAUAGAGAAAAUAAGAAUGGGUUUAUUCUUUUAUAUGUGAAGUUCUUUUACAAAUGUUCUGUUGCUGGAAGAGUUUUAUACCUAUUGCCAGGAAGAUGUAUAUUGGAAGUGCAAUCCUUCGUAUGUUUUUGAAAAAUAAAACAAACAUUCUUACGUUUA